AUCAACCCCAAAUCACUUCAAGCUUUUUCAUACCAUCAAACGUGAACCAAGCCUCAUCAAAUUUCUCACACAUCCACACGCACUCACUAUAAAUAUCCCUUCAUUUUCUAACCCUAAUCAUCAGAUCCAACAAAGAAACAGCCAUGGCUCUCCCAUCAUCCAAUUCUCUUCAUCAUCUUCUUCUUUUCCUUCCUCUCUUGCUUCUUACCCUAACUCCGUCAAAGGUCGCUUCCAGUUCUCACCACCACCACCACCACCACCAUCUCAAGUCCCUCCAUUUCUCUCUAUUCCAACAUGAAACCGUAAACAAGACAGGCUACAUCAUAGUAGGAGGUAUUGAAGGAGGACCAGGAGUGACUCAGUCGACAACUCCAUUUGGUACCUAUUUUGUGUUUGAGGACACCUUGACUGAGACAGCCAGCAUGUCGUCCAAGGUUGUUGGAACAGCAGAAGGAACCGCCAUAACCUCCAGCUUAGAUGGGCUUCGGAGCCUCUCAAUCGCUAGGCUGACUCUGAACUUGAAGAACCAUAAAGGGUCUGUUUCAGUCGUGGGUGUGACCAAUAACGUGAAGCCCGCAAAUCUUCCAGUAGUGGGAGGUACUGAGGAUUUCUUGUUCGUACAAGGCUAUCUUACUUCUUCUCCAGUUGAUACUAAGCUUCCGACUGUUGUGUACAAGCUUGAGCUUCAUCUCUAUUGGCCUCCUUAUGCUUCUUGAAGAGAUGGGUCGUCUGAUGCUUUAGGUCUUUCUUUUUGGAGAAAACCAAGUGUUUUGUGUUAAUCAAGGUUUCAACAAUUUAUUCGGAUGGAGAAAGUUCUUCCUGGUCCGACUUGUCGGUGAUUUAAUACGUGGUGGGUUCUUAUGGUGAUAAAUGUUUUUCAUUUUAAUUUCUUGUCUGGUGUUUGUGCCAUGACUCCUUUUUUCAACCCUUUUUGUUUGCAUUUAUAUUGUGGCUCCGUAGAGCAGAUUAUGUAAUGAAAAUAAAUUAGUUUAAUAAAAUUAAAAUAUUUAAUAAAA